AUGGAUUCUAGCGACUACACCGAGUCUGGUGAGCCGUCGCUGUCGGAUGUCGCAGCAUCAGUUGCAGAGUCUGAUGUAGCUGUUGCAGACGCGGAAGGGCUCAGAGAGAGAAACGUGAAAUACGUGCGAAACGCCAACUUCAACGCAGAAGUCGACAAAGGCGAAGAAUCACCCUUCAUAGACAGUAGCCGCAAUUCUGUCGGCGAAAGUCUGGUUCCAGAAGCAUUACGAGCCGAACAUUGGAGUUUUAGGGAGCCAGAGGCUCAUGACGAAGCCGGAGAGCAGGCUCGCUGGUUGUUCAGCGAGAACCUCGGAACUGUGGUUGAGUCUCCUGACAAGCUUACGGUUCCAGCUUGGAAGAGGUAUGCCGAAGCGGUAAAAAAACGUGACUCUUUCGGUGAAAACACUUUCAAAAGGCAUCCCAUGGGAAGGAAACCCAAUGAGUCUGCCGUUUCACACAACUCUACAGCAUCGUCAGUGCCCUCUUCACCACUGAAGGUAUUUGACAAGCUUGACACGUACACGACAAACCGGUUUGAUCGUUUGCUGGGUGGGCUCAGUGCAAAUGAGAAGGUGGUUCAGGAAGACGAUGAUCGGUGGAAGAACAACGCCAAUGACAUAUUCGACAAUCUGAAAAAACUCGGACCUCCGCUCGAAGUGGGUGAUGAUAGUGGUGAAAAUAGUGCAAGCUACACAUCGGAGGGUGAACCCAAUGCCGAACAUCCCGAUUACAGCUCCGACUUUGAGGUUGCCGAGAAGGUUCCGGGCUCAUUUUCGUCUGAUGGAACUACUAUGGAAAGCCAGGAUGCCCGACCAAUGUCUGUGCUUCAAGAAGAAGAAGAUGAGGAUCUUUCAAUUCAGACUGUGGAUUCGGUAAGUGAGAGGAUCUCCACUCCAUUCGUGAGCAAGAAGCAAGAUAUAGCAAAGGGCCGGGAGAAGAAGCCUGCUGAGAUAAUACCGAAAACACUCAAUUUUAUCCCCAAAAAAGAGUUUGAGAUAGCACCAAAACACAUGAACUUCAUCUCAAAGGCCGACUUCGAUAACUGGGGCACAAAUGCGCCCACUGCCGUCCCAACGCUGGAUGCUGAUGACGAAAAUCUCGCUGCCGUUGAUGCGAUAUCGGAUCUGAACAGUGAUUCCGAUAAAGAGAACACGGGCGUUCUGAGCAGAAAUAAUUUUGCUGGAAAACCAAAGCGUGAGGUCUCGUUUGUCCUCGAUGAUACGCACACUUUCAGCCGAUCCGAGCUCAGACUCGCUGAUGUCACUUCCGUCACGCAGGCAGGCGAUAUCUCGUACUCGGUCACCCAUGGAAAAUGGACGCGAAUUUUGACGGAAGUGAAACCAAGCGGUGAUUGGAAUAAGAUUACUGAGUGUGAUCUCAGUGCGAGAAACCUCACUCUCAUGAAGGAUCUGUACAAGUUUGCGCCCAAUCUGAAACGCAUAGAUAUUUCCAAGAACCAAGUCAAGUUUGUGGAGGGCAUCCCCGAGACAACUGUGAGCUUGAACGUUUCGUCCAACCUGGUGGGAGACCUUGCGUCAUUCAAGCCUUACGGAAAUCUCCGAGAGCUAAACUUGGCAGGAAAUCUGCUGGACAGUCUCCAUGGCCUCUCGAAGCUGGCAAAUUUGGAUAAACUAGAUGUUUCGGGAAACAGGAUCAGGUCACUUGUGGGACUGGAAGAGCUAAGCAACCUGUUCAUCCUAAAUCUCAGCAAUAACAGACUGGAGGGUGAGCUGGAUCUCCGCAAGUUUGAUCUUCCCCGGUUGAAAAUUUUGGACGUUUCUGGGAACAGGCUGACAGAGAUCCGCGGAAUUGAAAAGCUAGUGGAUUUGGUAACUCUCAAGGCGGACAACAACCGGAUCAGUGCGGUUAGAUGUGACGGGAAAAGCUCAUUGAACCAUCUUGCUUUGAGUGAGAACAGACUCGCAGAACUUGACCUGUCCAACUUGACGAAUCUGGAAAUACUGGAUGUAGAUGGAAACGGGAUCAGGCAGGUCUUUGGGGAUGCACCUUUGAAGGUUAUCAGUGCAAGAUCCAUACACAACUCCCAGAGCCUGUUUGAUUAUGCGACGGUGGAGUCUCUGGACCUUUCUGGUACCAAGGUUGAUUUCAGCAAAUUGCGCUAUACGAUGCUACAUCUACGAGACCUCAAUUUGUCUGCCAUGGGUCUGGAGCAAAUUCCGCAAAAUUUCAGUAAGAUCUUCCCCAAUCUCGAAAGACUAAAUCUCAACUUCAAUCGGCUGAAUGACUUGGCGGCUCUGGGAAAACUAAGGUAUCUUCAAAAGGUGGAGCUUGUGAGCAACGACGUUGCCGAUUUGGCCCAGAUCGUUAACGGGCUGGUCGGUUCACGCAGAAAUCUGCGGUGGUUAGAUACGAGGCUUAACCCGUUCAACCGCGGAUUCUAUCCGUUUGUGUUUGACGAAGAAGAGACUGAGACAGAAAGGCAGAAGGAAGACGGUUCUUUCAUCCACCUGGAAACGUUGGAUGAUAUUCGUGCCUUUUCACAUAUCUACACUUCUGCCACUACGGAAGGCCAAGAGAACUGGGUCUCGCGAGAUGAAAAGCAUGUUUCGCAGUUAGUAGAGCACUCGGCCGAGUUACAUGAGAGAAGAGUUUCUGCUCUGUCUAUCAUAAUUGCGUUUUUGAAGAGAAUUGAGUACUUGGAUGGUCACUCUGUUGAUGGGGAGGAUCGUUUAUUAGCGGGCAAUAAGGUGCAGAAAUUGAUUGGCUAA